UAAGAAAAGAUAAGAUAUGGGUGAAUGGAAGUGACCGAUAUCAUUCGCAUUUUAACACUCGUCGGCGUCAUACCAAUUUCUCGGGAAUAUAACUCACGAAAUUAAAAUUAUAAUCAGUAAAGAGUGGUAUGAGAUACAGUGAAGUUAUUCAUCGGUUUGAACAAUCAUGGAUGACAACACAACCACCAAUCAAAACCACCAUAGAAUUUUGGGACCUUAUACUUCUUCAAACACAAUAGGAAACGUGAACAAUGAAUGUUCUUACAGAAUUAUUAAUUAUAACGUGCCGGUACCAGGUCAGAGUGGCAAUGGCAUACGUUUUCGAGUUGAUUGGCCAGAAAUGAAUUUUACUGGAAGAACAACAGAUUUGCAUGAUCUAAAGCAAUUUUUCUCGGCUGCGCCUCCAUCAACAGCACCGUCAAUCGCCGUUGUGUCUGGUAUGGGUGGUAUUGGUAAAACACAAUUCGUACGAAAAUUUAUCGACGAAAACCAAUCGAAGUACGCAAAUAUUGUUUGGAUUGAUUCGGAAAACAACGAAACAAUUAUCGAUUCGUUCAAACGAUUGCUGGAUGAUAUAUUAGACGUACGGACGAAGAAUGCAAACGGAAACGAAAAAGAUGCUAAAUCCAUUAUAGAGCAGGUGUUGCAGAAACUGUGCUACCGAAAGACUCUGUUUGUCUACGAUAACGUCGAAUCGACAAAAAGCAUCAACUUUGUGCUGAGGGUGGCUCCACCGACAGGUGAAAAGCCACAUAUUGUAAUUACGUCACGUCUGCAAAAAUGGCCUGACGGGAUCAAAGUCAUUCAGCUGAAAGUAUGGAAAAUGGCUGAAUCAAUUGAAUUCAUUUCCGAAAUGUGUCAGGAUUCUGAAAAGGACUCCGAAGAAGAUAAAAUUGCUUUGGCAGAAAUAUUGCAACAUUUUCCGUUGGCACUGAGACAAGCCACAGCCUUUAUCAACCAACAGCGAGAAACAGAUGAUUUCCCGAUUUCCGAGUACAUUAACAGGUACAAUGACAACGCAUGUGAAAUGCUUGCCUCAGAAAUUUGUGAAGAGUGCUCCAUCAAUCCCUAUCAAAAGACUACAUACACGACAUGGGACAUUACCAUUGAAGCAAUUAAGGCCGACAAACGUCAUGGACAGUUGGCCAUUAAAAUUUUCAAAAUGAUCGCAUAUUUCGCUGCCGAUGAUAUUAAACGAGAUUUCUUUCACCGUACUGAAGUUGGCGACGUUAGCCAACAAGCCGGUUACGAAGUCGAUUUAAAAUCGGCGGUGAAUCUUUUAGUAAAAUAUUGUAUGAUCGACAGUCGCGACAAGCAAAGAAUAUUCAGCAUACAUCGGGUAGUUCAAGAUGUGACAAAAUUCAAGUCAAAAGCUGCUCACGAAGAAGAGCCAACACUAAGAGAUGCUCUCAAAUUGAUAUCAAAGUGGAUUGUGGAAGCGAAUGCAAAUCAAGGAAUGGAACGUGUAAUUCCGUUGCAUUCCAUUUCCGUAUUCAUGUCGGCAAUAAAAUUGCCAGAUUUGAUGAAAGAGUUCGUGCCAUUGGCUCUUGACAUGUUACAUCUGUUAGUGAAUUGUAGCGUGUACGAUCAAGCGUUAGAAUUUGGAGAAACAAUUAUUGGGCCAUUGAUUGAUAUUUUCGGACCAAAUGAUGGACUUCUACUGGAAAUUCAGCAUUAUAUGGCUAGGGUAUAUCUGGGGAGUUUGAUGUUUGAUCAAGCGCUGCAAAUGAAUUUAGACACUUUCAACAAAAGAAAGAUUCAUUUUGGUCCGGAGGCUAUUAACACUCUAAAUUCUCAGUCCCAAGUUGCCGAUUCAUAUGAAGCCUUAGGAGACGAUGAAAAUGCACUGCACUGGUACAAAGAACUCCUUGAGAAGCAAAAAAUUGUUUUGGAUGAAAAUCAUCCAGACAUGCUCGAAACCAUGUGCAAAAUAGCCACUUCCCUAAAAGAACUGGGUCGACACGAUGAAGCACUGCAAUUGUAUGAAGAAGUUCUCGUUAAACGAAAAACCUUAUUCGCACCAACGCUAUUACCACAGUUUACAGUAGAAGCAAACAUAAUCUACAUAUUGAAGCAAAUAGGAAAUCGGGAGCUGAAACUCAGAACUCAUCCAGACUGCUUCAAUCAUUUCACAGGAUGGAUCAUUAGUGAUAGGAAACAACCAGCUUCCCUCGUGGAAAAACAAAAUUUACGCAAGGGUUUCUUUACUCAUCUUUCCAGUAGCAGAAAACAAUUCAUUCACACGCACACAACCACAUCGACUUUCUAUCAUCAUCCAUUGUCGGUGUAUGAACUUUUGCAACGUCGAACCGAAUGA